AAGGCUUCCCGCUGAGCAUUUUCUUUCCCUCCAACGUUCAUACACUUCCCCGUCGUCGUCGACACUAAAGAACUCGUCCACUCCUUAUCCUUCACGGUGUACAGCCCGCAAUACAGCAAUGAAGUCAUUUGCUGCCCUCUCCCUCUUCGCUGUCCUUGCUCUGGCUCAAAGCCCCAUCCCCUCGGGCAUUAGCGCGCCCUGUUCGUCGUACUUGACGCAACUCGACAGCGAUGACAGCCUUUCGUCUUGCACCAGCUCCCUUAUGUCCGCCACCCAGUCCUUCGGUCCUGGAGGCAGCGGUAGCUCCUCCGCGUCCUCCGUGAGCUCCGCCCUUGACAGCCUUUGUGGCAGCUCCUCUUCCUGCUCGGAGACCGCCAUUCGCAGCACCCUGGCGAAUUUCUACAGCGCGUGCCAGGCGGAGCUGACAUCGAACUUGAACACUGACGUCCUGGAUAUCUACGACGUCUUCUACACGCUCGUCCCCAUGCUCGGCGCGGUAUGCUCUAAGGAUGAAAAUGGCCAAUAUUGCACGACCGAGAUUGCCGGCUCCCCACCGUCCGCGUCCUCGCUCUUCUCGAGCAACCAGCAGGUCGUCACGCCCAACUUCAACACGCUCCAGAGCAGCAACGCCGUGUUCCUCUUCCUCUCGCCGAACAUGAGCUCUACCCAGCUCUGCACGACUUGCACGCGCAAUACCCUCACCUCGUUCAUCUCCUUCGAGUCCGACAUCGCCUACGCGCCCGGCAUGCCGAACAGUGUCCUCAUGUCCGGCCAGGCCCCACUCUACCAAGCCGUCCAGAGCAAAUGCGGCGCCAACUUCCUCAACGGCGCUGUCCAGGCAGCCGGCUCCCUCUCUGGUAGCGUCAUCGGCCAGCUUGGGAGCGGUGCUGCGCCUCGUGUGAGCGGUGCGCACACGGGCGGCAUCGCUGCCCUGCUCGGUGCCGUCACCAUCGCCAUGGUUGCGCUCUAAGGCAGUCGGGGAGAGUAGGAAAGUGGAGAGGGUUGACGUUAAUGAGUUGAUGCUGUUGUUUUAACUUGCGCGAUUUCUGCCCGUCGGGCUUAUGUUGAUCUGUUUUCAGAGCCAGUAUACCCACACCACAGCUGUUCAAUCCUAGGCUCCCUUGCAACCAGCUCAUUUACAUCUCCUCGCUGCCAGACUAGUAUUUAUCAUUAUCACUGUCGCUGUGGCGUCUCAAAGGGAAGGGGCCUAGAGAUUACGCGACAGGCUAGUGGAAAUCCUAUGCUUGCUAAGUACCGGAUUCCAUAUGAUACCACGAUGUGUGAGCACUCAGUUUAAACGUCUAAACUUUUUGUGUCUAUAU